AUGAUGCAUUUACACCGAAACGACCUUUUGACGAUCGAGAGUACUUCCGCCUCAAAGCCGAGUCUCUUGUCGUCGUUUUGGAGCAUCAACGUUCAGGUUCAGAACAACGAGCGUCUCGAAGACCCGAAAACUUGCUCUCAGUUCUCGCUUCCGGAGGUUGCAGCUGGCCAAGGUGAAAAUCAAUCUUUUCCGAAUCAACGUCCAACUCGCAGUGCUUCAGUCACUGAGCUCUCGAUCAAAUUCGAGACUGCUCCAUCAUCAUCAGAGCUUCCGGCCUCCUUCAUGACGGAUACAACCAAGGAUUUACCAUUGGCCAAAGAGACUGCAUCUUGCCGAGUCGCUGAUUGGCUCACAAAUCUCGACAUUAAUAAGUAA